AUGGAUUGCUUUGGAUUAUGCGGCUCAAAGGAUGACGACGAUGAGCGACAACCACUGCUGCCUCAAUACAAUCAAGACACGACGCGGCAAGAUCGUCUGCAUGAGAAGCUCCACACGUACCAAAUGCUUCGAGCCAUGUCGAAUGGCUACAUGCCCUCGAAUAAACAAGUCAUCAUCCACCUGCGAACCCUGUUAUGCGCAACAAUUCUGAAUCCUUCGGAGCAGAGCACCCUCAGCAACUCGGGCCGCGCACUCAUACGAACAACGCGACUAUGGCUGCAGCAGUUCAUGGAUCUGCUCGAGCAAAAAAACGCGAAGGAUCAAAUCCAGGAUUUCAUCUGGUACUUGUCCAAGGCGAGGUUGGAUGUGGAUGUGGCAAAUGUGAGGAAAAACAUGUCCAAAAGCAAAGCCCGGGCGGAUGUUUCUGCCACAGUCGAGAGCCUGCGCACCGUUGUGUCCCUGGCCAUGUUGAACAGCGACUUUCGAGUAUUUGUUGCCGACGCGGCUACUAUUGCAAGACAGGUCCUCCGGGACACCGCCCUCGCGUUGGGAGACGUGUCGAAAGAGGUUGGCGACAAGCUUGACUCUCCAGGUGAGGACAUGGAGGCUCUGAAGAAGACGGAUCAAGACGCGCAGGAGCCUCCAUCGUCGGAAUAUGUCAAGGACCAAGCAAAGGAUGUUGGUGAAACUGCCUACAAGGAAGCUGCUCACGUCGGAGAGGAAGCUUAUACAAGCUUUUCCGAGCAUAUGAAUGCGGAAGCAAAAGACAUCCUGGUGAACCGCCUCCGGAACGCCGUCACGAACCUACGGAAGAGGACUGACUACUCCGAGUCUGUGUCAACUUUGUCUGGGAUUUUGCAGAAAUAUCUCAAGAUAUACCUGUCCGUGGGAUCGGAUGCUGUCGAUACGCUAGAAGGCAAUCUUCACAAUAAUACCCAAGUUGAGAAUGCAGUCCACAACUUUUGGCUGUUUCUUUCUUCGUUUGGGGAUGGCGAAAGCUGGGAAAAGGCCAGAGCAUCAUUUUCGGACUUUGCUGAGCACAACAGAACGGAUGAAAACUUGGACGAAUUUGUGAGCCAGUUUGUCAACCUGAUUCAAGGAAUGCUCUCAAAGCCCGAAUUUUUCGACAACAUGGACGAAAGACUUGAUGAAUUACGUGAGCGACUCAAGGAGCUCACGUCCGGGUCGUCAAUGGGCGAGGAUGCUAGCAAUUUGCUCCGAAGCAUCCAGCAGGCCCUUCAAUCCACGGCCGAGGACAAGGACGUAAAAAACAUGACCUCGGCCUCGCUGCGCCUAGUCCACAUUUUGUUCCCGCCGGGGGAGAUGGGAAACACGGACCUAGUCCGAGAUUGCGUCAACACAUUCAUACCGUUGCUUGUUCAGGCGGUGCAGUACAUUCCAAUUCCGCGGCUGGAAGUCUCAACACCAGCAAUGGACUUGCUAAUGGAAAAUCUCAUCCUGGAGCCGGGACAGACGGUCAACAGCAGCUCCUUCCUGCCAUACAACUUGCAGUUCUCAAGCCGCAACGACAUUGACAUUACCAAAUCUCCAUUUGGAACCAGUUCCUCGGUGGCGUCCCUCGUCACCAUUAAACUGGCCGGCAUGUCCAUUGCAGCCGAUGACCUCGGAUACUGGCUCCGGCUGCAUUCGGGCCUCCUUCGUUUCGUCGACGAAGGCUUGACCAGCUUCCACCUCGACCAUCGCGGCAUAGACGUCACCCUGGACGUGGAGAUUGGCCGGGAACGACUAGAAGAGCUUGUCACCCUGCGCAGCGUGCACGUCAAGGUCCAUCACCUGGAUUACUCCCUCCGCAAGUCCAAGUUCUCUUGUAUCGCGUGGCUCCUCAAGCCGUUUAUCCGGCCGCUCCUGCGGAAAGUACUCGAGAAGCAGAUAUCCUCGGCGAUUGACGAGGGGCUGAGAACACUGAACCGGGAGCUGGUGUUUGCGCGGGAAAGGCUUCGCGCAACUCGCGUGUGCAACCCCGGCGAUCUCUGGACCUUUAUUCGCGCAGUGGCUGCUCGUCUGGUGCCGCCGCCUGAUCCCGACAUUCACACGCGAGUCGGCGUCGAGCCUGGGAAGGGCGUCUUUCGGGGGCGGUACGCGCCGGGGAGCCUGGUCAAGGUGUGGGAGGAGGAGGCCCGCGACGCGGAGCAGAAUAUUUUUGAGUACCGCCAGGAUGGCUGGCGUAAUGGUAUAUUUGAUGUGCAGACCACGCCGGCGCCGUAA